UUAUUAAUUAUCAAAUAAUUAAAUUAUUUCUUUUUGUACUGUACAGUAGGUUGGAUUUGCUUCUGUGGCACUGCGUGUCUCAGAUAUAGAGUGGCCAGUGUGAGGCGCUGGUGACACGAACAGGUUUAUAUGGAAACACAACUGUCCGACGGAGCUCGGGCUUUCCUCCUGGCUAAACUCCACCAGGCUGCCAGCCAGGAGACAGCUCCCCAAGAUCAGGCACGGUAAUGCUUGCCCACAGUCAGAGGAGUGAGGUGAUCUCCCUCAAUGAUGUUAAUAACAUGUCAGUUGUCACAGCACACACUAUUUACCUGACCUGUGUAGAGUCCGAAUCACCCAGUGAAGCCCGUCUCAGCUGGUCAUUGAGGUGGACGUGCAGACUAUCACCCUCUACGUCCAGCGCCUCUAUGGCUUCCACUGCAACUGUUCCAGCAUCUCCUACAAGACGUGGCCUGGCACUGCACAACCUGACAAAGACUGUAGCAGACAAGAAGCUUCUGUUUGAAACCCGCCAAAAAUCUGCUUAUAUUCGCCGUCUAUACUUGAUGAUUCCAUAACUGAACCAGAUGAGGAUUUUUAUGUGAAUUCUAAAUAACAGCGUGCGUAUUCUCAGUGCCACAACGAUCAGCCUCGCAUUGUGUCUCAAAAUAGUGUCACUACAGUUACUAUCCGUUCUAAUGACGUGUUUGCAAGAUUUUUGAGUAUAGGGCCAGCAAUAAUACACACUUCUGAAGACAGUCAGGAGGGAGCGCCCCAACAGAAAUCAGAGCCUAUGCAGGACUCAAAUCCCCAGCGGUGGACGAAGCCCAGUUUCAUCAGGAGCAUAGUGGCACAUGGGCCUUGGAAGGGGAGGACUUUGCCUUAGAGACCUAUCUUGUCACAUUGUUUGAGGGACAGGACGAGGUGGAGGUCGGUGUCCUCAUACUGAAUGAUCAGGAGCCAGAGGGGUAGGAGGUGUUCUUUAUACCUCAGUGAAGCAGAAGGUGGAGCACAGAUUGUUCUUCUAAAAGUUGAAAACAGUUGUGCUGCUUGUGAUACAUUCAGGGUUCUUUGAUGAAUAGAAAGAUCAAAAGAAUAGCAUUUAUUUGAAACAUAAAUCUUUUGUCACAUUGUAAAUGUUUUUGUUUCUUUUGAUUCAUUUUAUGCAUCCAUGUAUCCUUGUUAAUUUCUUGAACGAAAUUCAAAAAUUUUGACUGAUAGUGUAUAUUUGAGCCCAGCUACUGCGGUUUCUCUUGGACAAGGAUUGAUCUUCAGAAUGGUAUAGUCAGCUUAGUUUGAGCACUCAGUUGGGUCAGAUUCUGGAUGAGGACUCAGAGACAGCAACACUCUUUCUACAGAGACAGGAAAACAGGUAAUGCAUGUUAAAGAUGAUGUUGUGCAUUCACUACUGCAAAUCACAGUUGAUCAGUUUUAGAUCUGCAUGUCAAAAAAAAAAAAAAAGUUUUCCCCAUGUUUCUAGAGCGUUUGAAGAUUUUGCACUACAGUUUUCUCAGUUCUCAGUAAUGGAGUAAAUCUGACCAGAGAGCUGCAGCAGACCUCGGAUACAUCCAUCUGCAGGAAAGGAGAAGUACUCUGUGCCCUCAGUUUGGAGGUCCGGCCAGACGUGGACCCAGAGUAUGAUGAUAGCUUCCUGGUGGAAGUCUAUAAAAUGGUCGAGGGUGCCACCAUAAACCAGACUGCCUGUUUUGCCAAUGUCACCAGGCUAGAGAGUGAUGACCCACGGGGGCUGGUGUACUUCGCGCAGGGCUCCAGACUACCCAUAGUAACCCUCAAAGCCACAAGCAUCAGUCUUCAGGUCUACAGGGAUUCUAGUACAGCAUCAGCUAUCUCUGUGAAGUACUGCAUGCAGGAGCUUCAGAAAGCAGAGUUUUUUGGACCCACUCUGAUCUGGCCUGCCGUGGCAGUUCAGGACUUUGUCAUGGCAGAGGGCACGCUGACUUUUGAGACUGGAGAGAAAAGUGCUGGUCUGGACGUGGCCCUCACACCGAACAUCGGUUCCUCCAACCCAACACCCAAACGGUUCUGCGUGGCUCUCUCUGAUGCCACUGAAGGUGCACGGGUUCACCCAGAAUUCGGUGUGGCUAACAUCACCCUGGUUUCGGACUCAGGCAGUGUUUUCUCAGUCAGUCUUCAUGGCAGAGCCUCUAAACCUCUUGCUGACGAUCAAGAGGUUGUUUCCCACAUACAUAACUCCUGAUUGACGUGGGAAAUCUCUCCAAUCUCUGUGGCUCCUCUGAAAUCAGGCUGCUGAGAGCAGUGGGAUAAGCUACCCAGUGAUGACCCCAAAUGACCAGGCCUUGAACACCUUAUUUCCUACCAAAAAAAGCACGGUAAACAGAGGCAGAGAGUUGGCCUGACCUUUAACACAGUUCUCAACAGCAUUCAUACAGACAGCAGACCAAUGUAGCCUUUUUGGCACACCACUAACAGAAAUGUAUAACAACUUCUGUUUAAAAAAAAUGAAAAAUAAAGGUUUUCCUUAUUUAUUUAUGUUUAUUUUUUUGAGAGGAACCACAGUACAUAUCAAUCAUUCACAUUAUAUAGUCUACCAUAGUCUGAUACUAUUUCUGUA